AUGCCCUCCUCCUCUUCCUCUUCCACAAGAAAGGGAAUACCAUCCAGAAACAAAGAGGCGGUAAAGACUUUGUCGGCUUCCUCCACUUCCAACAAACCCAUGCUUCGUUUGCAUUAUGCUUCGAGGAGCGUUUCAGGUUUCAUUACGGAACAACUGAGAGAUUGUAUUCUUCAGGUGGCUGUUCCCAUGAAUCAAAAAUUCCGAAUUACGGGUGUAUUGAUCUGCGUGAAGGACAUGUUUUUCCAGAUUAUCGAGGGUCCGAAACAACAUGUUGAAACCUUAUAUGAGAAUUUGCAAAGAGAUCCACGACAUGGUAAUAUCACCAAGUUGGAAUCUGCAGUGUUUAAUGGAGACAGUGAGAGAAUGUUUCCUGGAUGGAACAUGAAACAUCUGGAUGGAAUGUCCUGGUCUUCGGAUGAUCUUACCAAUAGUACUGGCAAAUUCAAAGUGCAAGAAGCGUUUAGUGCUUUAAAAAACAUGAUCGCUACUGUGUUGGCAACAGAACAUUUAAAGAAGACUAAUACAGUGGUCUUAACUUCAAAAGACAUGGAGCAUAUUGUCACGAUGAUCGAUUUCAUGAAAUACAAAAGGUUCCUUCACUUUUUACAUCAAAUUGAGGGUGGCUACCCCUUGUUGGCCAAGUUUGUGGGGGAUAUGUUGGAGAUGAUUAAAAAGGAAAACGGGCAGUACAUCAUGCUGAUGGAGUCUUCUGUGAUGGUGUUCUUCCCUAAAGAGAAGGCAGAGAGGUCCCUCAUGGCUGCACUUCAACUGUUAAAUAUGAUGAACUUGUUUAGGAAGAACGUAAACAGAGAAGAGAUGGAUGCCUUUUAUUGCAAUAUUGGUGUGACAAGGAACAUUGCAGAAAACAGCGCGCCCUGCGUUGUGUUUGAUAAAUCAGUGUUUGAUAGCCUUGGUGUUGAAGGAAUAUGGAAAUCCCAAGGAUUAAUCAAGAAAUUUUUCUCAGAAGAAGAAGAAGAAGAAGUUUUUACCAUAGUCAGCGAAAACAAUACAAAAAUUUCAAAGGAAGAAAUGGAGGUUUUAUUAACACGGCUACCUUCUUGUUAG